GGCGGCGCGCGGGUGGGCCCCGCGGCGGCGUGGGGAAGGCCGUCCCCCUCCUUCGGGCCGAGCCCGCGUGCGGGGAGCGAGGUUCCGUCGCAGCGCCCCCUGAGUCCCGGGCGUGCAGAGGGCGAGUGUGCGUGAGUGUGAACCCGCCUCGCCGCCGGGCGUGCGAGUGUCUGGGCCGACCCGCAGCUCCACCGGCGACGCAGCCCCACAGCCACGCUCUCAGGCCUCCCGCGCCAACCUGGCCUCCCUCUGCCAACUUGGGCGAGUCUGAAAAGGGGCGAACGUCUCCGUGCUCGCUCGCCCCACCCCCUCGCAGCCGCGCCUCCCCGACCACAGCCCUGCGGGCACCGCUCUCCGCCGCGGCCCCCAGCUGGGGACGGUUGGCCCCUGAACUCGCCCGUCCAGCCCAACCGCCCCGGCGGCUUCUCCCAGCCCUCGGGGCCGUCCCGAGCGGCCCGGCGAGGCGUCGAGCACUGCCCCAGCUCCCGCCUCCUCGCCUGCCCGGCCCUGGGAGGGAGCUUUUGGCCCAUGCGAACCCCGGGUCCCUCAGCGGCCUAGGGCGGGCGGCUCCGGCGGCCUGGCCAACCCCGUGGCCCCCGGGACGGCACGGAGCGCGCGCCCUUGGAUGAGGUCCCGCAGCGACGCCCCGGCCCGCCCCGCUCCUCCUCCUGCCCGGCCAAGCUGCCUCCCAUUUGGGGAGUUUUGUGGGCUUUCUUUCUCCUCCUCCAACCUCCGCGGAGGCCACGACUCAGGCGCCGCAGCCGGGGGCCGCCUCCAUGAUGCGGGGCGGCCGCUGGUGAAAUCAGCGAAACCGAGCUUGGCCUGAAGCAGGCCGCGCGGGAGGCCAAGGCCAUGGCCAUAGCCACGUCGGCCCAGCUGGCCCGGGCACUGUACGACAACACCGCUGAGUCCCCCCAGGAGCUGUCCUUCCGCCGAGGGGAUGUCCUCCGGGUCCUGCAAAGGGAGGGCGCUGGUGGCCUGGAUGGCUGGUGCCUCUGCUCGCUGCAUGGCCAGCAGGGCAUUGUGCCCGCCAACAGAGUGAAGCUCCUUCCUGCCGGCCCAGCACCCCAGCCCAGCCUCACCCAGGAGCCCCCCGCCCAGCCUGGCUCACCAUCUCCAGCCCCAGAGCACAGCAAUGAGGACCAGGAGGUAUAUGUGGUACCACCCCCAGCUCGGCCCUGUCCUACCGUAGGACCUCAGGCCGGACCCUGCCUGCCCUCCCCCGAUCCCAUCUACAAGGUCCCCAGAGGGAGUGGGACCCAGACAGCCGCCCCUGGAGACGCCCUGGAGGUCUAUGACGUGCCCCCCACGGCCCUCCGAGUUCCCUCCAAUGGUCCCUACGACUCCCCUGCCUCCUUCAGCCGCCCUCUGGCCCAGGGUGCCCUGCAGCCCCCUGGAGAGGAUGAAGCUCCCUACGAUGUGCCUUUGGCCCCAAAGCUGCCAUCAGAGCUGGAAGCAGAUCUGGAGUGGGAAGGGGGCCGGGAACCCGAGCCCCCCCUCUACGCUGCCCCCUCCAACCUGAAACGGGCCUCAGCUUUGCUCAAUCUGUACGAAGCGCCAGAGGAACUGCUAGCAGAUGGGGAAGGUGGCGGCACUGAUGAGGGCAUCUACGAUGUGCCCCUGCUGGGACCAGAGGCGCCUCCUUCUCCAGAGCCCCCAGAAGCCUCGGCCUCCAAUGACCUGGACGCUUUGGCCCUGCUUCUAGCCAGAAGCCCCCCACUCCCACACAGGCCCCGCUUGCCCUCAGCUGAGAGCCUGUCUCGCCGCCCUUUGCCUGCCCUGCCUGUCCCUGAGGCCCCCAGCCCUUCCCCCGCUCCCUCUCCUGCUCCAGGCCGGAAAGGCAGCAUCCAGGACCGACCUCUACCCCCACCCCCACCCCGCCUGCCGGGCUAUGGGGGCCCCAAGGUUGAGGAGGAUCCAGAGGGCAGGGAGGUAGAGGACGAUCCAGCAGGACCCCACAAUGAGUAUGAGGGCAUCCCAAUGGCUGAAGAGUACGACUAUGUCCACCUGAAGGGCAUGGAUAAAGCUCAGGGAUGUAGGCCCCUGGAUAAAGCCUGCCCAGGGGAUCCUGAACUGCUGGAGAGGGGGCUUCCGGAGCAGCAGGAGGCCCCAUGCCCGGAGGAGCCACUGGAUCUGCCCACUGGAGACCUGCAGCUCCUGCACUUCUAUGCAGGCCAGUGCCAGAGCCACUACUCAGCCCUGCAGGCUGCCGUGGCGGCCCUCACAUCCAGCACCCAGGCCAACCAGCCCCCACGCCUCUUCGUGCCCCACGGCAAACGGGUGGUGGUGGCUGCUCACCGUCUGGUGUUUGUUGGGGACACUCUGGGCCGGCUGGCAGCCUCCGCUCCUCUGCGAGCCCAGGUUGGGGCUGCAGGGACAGCACUGGGCCAGGCACUGCGGGCCACCGUCCUGGCUGUCAAAGGGGCUGCCCUGGGCUACCCGUCCCACCCUGCGGCCCAAGAGAUGGCGCAGUGUGUGGCGGCACUGGCAGGGCAGGCCUUGCAGUUCACCACUCUGCUCUCCAGCCUGGCCCCCUGAGCCCCCCUCGGCCCUGUUCUGCCUCUCUUCUGCCUGCCAGAGCCCCCUGCUGGGAGUUGGGCUGCCUCCGGAGGCCUCUGUUUUAAGGACCAGGAGAGGUGUGGGCAUCUUUCCCUUUCUGGUCAUCUCAGUCUCUCACAGAGAUGUCCCUACCCCUCCCACAGCUUUUUGUACGAGCCAUUUUGUAUAAAUUAUUUAUAUUUAAUAGUAUUCCCUGUUUUGUCAGGGGCAGGGA